UUGUGGGAAAGUGGGUUGUAAGCCGUGUCCAUAUAAAGGGCCUCAAACCAUCUUAAUCUAGAGCUAGGCCUAUGUAAGCAAUGUAGCACCUUGUGCACCUGGAUACUUUAUUCGAGUAAGAGUGCCCAACCUUUUUUCAGUAUAAAUAGUCUGUUUUUCUCUUCUUUUUGGCUUUUUUGACCCAAAAAAACAAAAACACAAAAAGAAGAAGAAGAAAGAGUCACUUAUAAGUACUUAAAUGCUUUGGAUCUUUUAACAUCUAAUCACAUAUUUCCAUGCAGGACCUUUGUGAGCCAAGUGGUUACUGGUUACCUCCCAAGCGUCAUCUUACUAAUAUCCUUAUAUACUGUUCCGCCAACAAUGAUGAUAUUUUCAACAGUGGAAGGGUGCACAUCUCGGAGUGCAAGGAAAGUGAGCACAUGCUGCAAGGUCUUGUACUUCAUGAUCUGGAACGUAUUCUUUGUCAAUGUUUUAUCUGGAUCAGUCAUUAGUCAGCUGGAUGUCAUUUCUAAUCCAAAAGAAAUACCCACCCUACUUGCUAAAGCCGUACCAAGGCAGGCAACUUUCUUCAUCACUUAUGUUUUGACAUCUGGUUGGGUUAGUAUGUGCUCUGAAAUCAUGCAAGUGUUUGCUGUUGUCUAUAGCUUGUUCAUGAGAUUUGUUCUCAGACGCGCCGACGAUCCAGAUUGGAUCAUAUCUUUUCCAUACCAUACGGAAGUUCCAAGAGUGCUAUUGUUUGGACUCCUUGGUUUCACCUGUUCCAUUUUGGCACCUUUAAUUUUGCCAUUCUUGCUGGUGUACUUUCUUCUUGGCUAUGUUGUGUACCGUAACCAGAUACUCAAUGUUUACCGUCGAAAAUACGAGACAGCAGGGCAGUAUUGGCCUAUCAUGCACAACACGAUGAUUUUCUCGUUGGUGUUGAUGCAGAUAGUAGCCAUUGGGGUGUUUGGGAUGAAAGAAUCUACAGUAGCGUCUGGCUUCACCUUGAUACUGGUGAUGUUGACGCUCCUUUUCAACGAAUAUUGCCGGCAGCGUUUUCGUCCCAUAUUUAAUGGUUAUGCUGCACAGGAUCUUAUUGAGAUGGACAGAAAUGAUGAACAGCAUGGGUGUAUGGAAGAUAUACAUGGGCGGGUUCUCUCAGCCUACUGUCAACCUUAUGUAUGUGAAGGUGAGGAUUUAAAGCCCGAAGUGGGUGAGACUAGCCAGCAUUUGCAGGACAAUCUGGUUCACCCGACAGUGGGUGGGUUCCCAAUGUCUAGUAUGCAAGGAGCGGCUACAUGGCUAUCUAUGCUGAUAACAUUGCAAGAGAGAAAUGCGACCAAGUAAGCGGUUCAUGUGCUACUUUCAUAAGUAAACCCCACACAUUCUUUUGUAUAUGUUGCUGUUUGUUAAAUUCUUUUUUGGUUAUUGUGUGUUUUCUUCUUUAGCCAAUCACUUGUGGAUGUGCAUGACAUAUCCACACAUUCUUUUGUA